GGAUUUGAGGCUGGUCACAGCGAGAAUGCUUGACCGCAUACCGUUCGGUUUUAAUCGCCGUAGGGCCCUCUAUGAAAAGUUUACUUUCCCUCUCUUCCUCUUCUCGUCCUUACUUUUGCUGAUUGCUGUCUCUAAUUUCUCUUACUGGUUAAUACUGGUAGAUACUGGUCUUGAUUGCACAUACAUCUUUGUCUUUGCUUGACGUAUUGAUAUGAGAUGCAUCUUACUUUCUUUUGAACCCUUCCAACGCUCUAUUGAUUACUAGGUAGCUAGUAGUGUUUCAUUCACUCCACAAUCUUUCGCAAUCUUUUUCUCGAUCUACAAUAUAUCUUCCUUUCCUUUCGAUUUCAAACGAGUUUUUUUACGUCUGAAGUCGCAGAGACCACUUGGAAUAUGCAAAAACCUCCCGCCUGGGUAAUAGCCGCGUGGCCUGAGCCCAAUUACGUCGAUCCAGAAACACAUGGAUGGGGGAAUGUUAUUUUGAAUAUCGUGUUAUUCGUAGUUCUAUGUUGCUUUAUUUCACUGAGGAUAUGGACGAGGACAAGACUGAGGGCUUCCUUUGGGGCGGAUGAUAUGAUGAUCUUAUUUGCUAUGAUUCCAACGACCGGGUUCUUCAUUUUGAGUCUGCUGGCAGAUCUGAAAUUCAUGUGGACCAGACAUCAAUACGACAUCCCUAGCUCACAUGUAGAAUUCGGACUGAAGAUGGUUCUCUUGAUAGAGAUCAUGUUCGCAUCAGCAUGCACCUUCACCAAAUUGUCCAUGCUAAUGCUUGUCCGUCGCAUGUUAACCAGUGCCACGAUAUUCUGGAGACGAGUGACUCUGGGUGCUAUUUGUAUAGUCGGGUUACAAGGAGCGUUAUUUUGUAUCGUGUUGGUGUUUCAAUGUAGACCCCCGCAGGACUACUGGAAAAUUACCGACGAACCCCAACCGAAUUGUAUAGACCAAUCUUCUACACUCCUUUUUGCCGGAAUCGUCAACACUCUCACAGAUUUUCUCGUGGUCAUCCUCCCCAUCCGUACAGUGUACUCAACAAAUCUCCCCCGUCGUCAAACCCUCAUCGUCUCUUUCCUCUUCACCCUCGGUUUCCUAUCAUGUUUUGCAGGUGUCAUCCGUACAUACUACAUGUACCAAGUAACACAAACAUAUGAUCAAGUAUGGGCUUCCUUUCCCGUAUGGGUUUCCGCAGCUGUGGAACUAUAUGUUGGAAUUAUAUGCACCUCUAUCCCCGCCACAAAGGUCUUCUUCGCAACCUACAUUCCCAAAAUCUUUAAUUCCCACCCGUCCCGCCCCUCCCAAUCUUCUUUCAGCGCCCCAAAUAUUUUCAAGAGUCUCCCAAUCCCACCUCCCGGCUUCGGCAUCACAUCAACCUCAAAAUCCACAAACUCUCUCCCCAAAUCAAAAUCACGCUCAAACUCCAAUCCCAAAAUCCUCCACAGUCAAAGCUCCCAAGUUCCUCUAAACGGACGCGAAGAAGAUACACAAUACGAUCACGACACCGACCUCGACCAAACCAUCGGAACGAGUAUUUUCGAACUCGGCUCCUACACAAACCGCUCUAGCAAAUCGAGCAAAACAAGCACGACCCCAAUAAUCGCAGACGAGGAAGUAUACAUCGGAACCGCAUCCGUGAUAUCACCGCUGAACAGCAACCCCGUUUCCAACAGCACCAAUAAUAUCGCGAAUCUAGGACGCAGUAUCCUGGGCUCCGUGCGACGGGAUAAAUUAACGCUCGGUGGAGAUCGCUCGCGAAAUCGAUCGAGGUCGAGGAAUCGAUCGAGAAACCAGGACAGAGAAAACGACGAUCCCUAUAUGUCCAUCUCUGAAGAAUCGCGGCGGAAAGAAAAGGAAGGGGGCUGGGAUAUACAUAUUGAUGUGGUGAGGACAGUGGAGGUGGAGGAGGAAUGUAUUGCAGAGAGGAUAUGAUGUGGUGUGAUGUGUUAAUGGAUAAUGGAUACGCCCUGGAGGCUCGACUUCAAGUUUAAAGUCUUGAAAGUCUUGAAAGUCAAAAGUAGUCUCGGAGAGGUCUUUGCUUGAUGUUUUCGUGUACAUAAUUUUUUCUUCUUCAAACUGUAUCUUAUUGUACUGUAUGUAGCUUGAUUGUUGGACUUUGUAUGUAAUGAUCUUAAUGAGAAUAUUUUGAGGCUUUUCUAAUAUAUUGCGCA